AUGGCCUUUAAUGAAACCACAACCGCGGUCGCCAGGUUCUCUUUUCACGAUCUGAGACCUUUUGUGGGCAAAUCGGCUGCAAUCAAACGACCUCAAGAAAUCACACACUUUUCAUUCGACGACCAACAUGUGUGCCAUCCUUUGUCCGAUGCUAGUCUACGAUACUACUAUCCUCCAAUAUUCGGUGACCCAGAUGCUGGCUCGCAACCUCGGUUCGAUCUCUCCAAAGGACUGGACACGUUCGUCAAGUACGAUGAGACUACUGAUCUGCACAUCGAUGCGCUGUUGGACACGAUAGAGAAGUAUGAGAGUCAGAUAGGCGAAAAGGUCGAUGCCGAUAUCGUGACUUGGCGUGGCAUGAUGACGAAGGAAACGCCCUUUGAUGGCUACGGAGAAUUCGAGAUGAACGCAAUAAAGUUCGAGGUGGGGGACUAUGUAUGCUCGCACAUCUGUAUCUUCAAAGGUCUUGGACUGAAAUGCGUCAGAUACAUUGAGGAAAACAAAGCGCCAUACUUCGAAAACUUAAAAAACAACCAGAACACCGUCCCUCGCCAAUAUGGCCCGCACCCACAGUCGACAAUGAUGUACUGGGGCUACAAGUUCGAAGUCCUCUCAACCCUGCCUCGACCAUGGGCCGAAUGCUCCCGUGAUGAGGUCGAGGAUCGUGACAACGAAGUGGUCGACACGCACGCACAAUACUGUUCCAUCGUACGAACCGGAAUUGGAAGUCAUAGCAUCGUCCUUGGCGGUGAAGUCGAUGCUGUGAAGGGAGAAAAGCCGGAAGGCCUUGAUCACAGCAUCCCGUAUGUCGAGCUGAAAACGAGCGAGAACUUCCGCGCGAACGAUUCGAGAGCGGCGGAGAAGUUCGAGAAGAAGAUGUGUCGCUUCUGGGCACAAUCCUUCUUGCUUGGCGUGCCCACCAUCAUCAUCGGAUUUCGCUCUCCUCACGGGAUACUCGAGAGGAUCGAGGAAUGGGAGACCCAAAGGAUCCCAGGCUUCGUGCAGAAUCGCGGCAUGCGGACCUGGGAUGGGAACGUGUGCAUCAAUUUCGCGUCCGCCUUUCUGGAUUUUCUGAAGCAGACCGUCGCCGGCGACGGCACGUGGCUGAUCAAACGCCGAAAGGGGGCCAAGGAAAUCACGAUUAGCAAGACAAGCGAUACGCAGUCGCCACACGUUGUGACGGCCGCAUUUCGACAACAUCGUACUAACCUUUCUUCGGAGCUUGCGUCUUGA